ACUUGUCAAGCAAGCAAAUGACAUGCCACUAGGUUCAGUUUCGAAACAGCUGUUGAUGCUGUUGGUGUGCUUUAUCCGACGAACUUAACCUUAAAAUUGUGUGCUGUCAGUCGUCUAUUUACGAUAGCAUCGAAAUUCCUGACAGAAAAUCAUUUAUUGAGCACCAACAUUCGUCAAGACAGGACAUGAACGCUGAGAGUACAAUUUUGAAAUGAUAUCACUUCGAGGGUUGGAGGUGUUGGCGAGGGCCGACAUCGACCGAGUUCCAAGUAAAGAAGAGCCUGGUGAAGAAAAGUACUUAACGCCCUAUUAGAAACGAUAGACAAUAUGGCUCUUAGAAUGAGGUCAUCGGUAACACGAAGACUGUCCGUGUUCGCUUUGGCCCUGUUGUGUACAACCGCCGUCGUUCUGCUGCUGUUUGGCGGAAACGGAACGUCGGGGGUCGGAAGUGGUGCUCCCGAAACUGCCGCCGUCGUCGUCCACGACAGGACUCUCGUCGAUUCAAACGGCAAGCCAUACGAAUAUAGCAGGUCGAUGCCAAUGAUAUUUAUUGGGGGCGUGCCUCGUUCUGGAACUACACUCAUGAGGGCCAUGUUGGAUGCUCAUCCAGAUAUAAGGUGUGGACAAGAAACUCGUGUAAUUCCGCGAGUAUUACAAAUGCGUUUUCAUUGGUUAAAAUCAGAAAAAGAAUCAGUAAGACUUGACCAAGCUGGAAUAUCAAAAUCAGUUCUCGAUUCAGCGAUAGCGGCGUUCGUCUUGGAAAUAAUCGCUCGUCACGGCGAACCAGCUCCGAGACUUUGCAACAAAGAUCCACUCACGAUUAAAAUGGGAACGUACAUCAUCGACUUGUUUCCGAACGCAAAAUUCGUAUUCAUGGUACGAGAUGGUCGAGCGACCGUUCAUUCGAUUAUUUCGCGAAAGGUCACCAUCACCGGUUUCGAUUUAUCAAGUUAUCGUCAGUGUAUGAAAAAAUGGAACGCUGCCGUUGAAUCGAUGAAUGAUCAGUGUAAAGAGUUAGGCCCCGAAAAAUGUUUAAGAGUACCUUAUGAACAACUUGUUUUGCAUCCGAGGAAAUGGAUGGAAAAGGUACUUGAAUUUCUUGAUAUUCCAUGGAAUGAUGCUGUUUUACAUCACCAAGAUUUUAUUAAUAAUGGAAUCGAAUUAAGCAAAGUUGAAAGAUCAUCAGAUCAAGUCAUAAAACCAGUAAACUUAGAAGCUUUAUCAAAAUGGGUUGGGAACUUCCCGGAAGAUGUCGUUCGAGACAUGCCAGAUUUAGCUCCAAUGCUUUCAGUUUUAGGAUACGAUCCAUACGCAAAUCCACCGGUUUAUGGAAAACCGGAUGCUGUUGUGGCCGAUAAUACAAAACACGUGCAAAAAGAAAAGGACGUUUGGGAGAAAAGGGCAAAAGAAAUGUUUGAUAUGAAAUGGGAGAGCCAAGGAGGUGCUGGUGACAGCAACGAUAAUAAUCAAGUGACGUGACGAUUUGAGACUUAAAUAAAUAAAAAACGGGCCAAAUUUCAAUGACUGUUGAAAGUUGCGUUUUAAAAGUCUAAUUUAAUUCGGUUUGACUGUUAAAGACGAAAAGGCAACUUAGUAGUAGAUAACGAGUGUGUCAUAUUUAAGUGGAGUUAAACUCCAAGAAAACCAACCCUGUUUCCCCUUUUCCUUGUCGUAAGAAAACAAUUUUUCAAGACGCGAAUCACGUUAAUUUAAGUUUUUAUUUGUAUAGUGAAAAUAAGGACGUGUGUUGAAUUUAAAUGAUCUUUUUUGUGUAUAUGAUGGUUGUUUUUAAUCGUGAUAUAAAUGUACCUAUCGUACCCAUUGGAAAUAAAUUUAAUUUUCGUUGUUA